UUUUCUUACAAAAUUUUAUAAUAAAUGAGCUAAAUACGUAUCCUUAUAUGUAUAUAGUGUGAGAAAAAACAUAAAGUGGUGUUUAUUACGAUUUAUUUGAUGAAAUUUGCCUGUACUGAACUAAUAAGAAGCCUUAUUGAUAUAUUGUGAAUUAAUACACAUUCAAAUAAUCUUAUAAGCAUUCUUAUAUGGUUUCACAUUCUCAAUAAUCCAGUUGUGUUAACUAUUUGACUCGAAAUGGAGUAUAAUGUGUACGAAAAAGACGAAAUCUAUAAGGAAACUAAGGAUGAUGGUAUGGAUAUGGACGAUCUUUUACCACAAGUAGGAGAAUUUGGUAGAUACCAGAAACUGAUGUUAUGGUGUGUUUGUUUACCAGCUUGUAUCCCCUGUGGAUUCGGUGCUUUUAAUCAAUUAUUCAUGGCGGAUAUUCCGGAUCAUUGGUGUAAAGUUCCAGGUUUGUCGUUUUUGGAUGAAAAUGAAAGAAAAAAUAUAUCGAUACCGUAUGAUAAUAACACAUUUUCAAAAUGCGAAAGGUACGCUGUAAAUUGGACGGAAUUUUCAGAAAUCACAUCGGAAAAUUCGGAAUUUUUUACUGUAAAUACCUCGUGGCCCAAAGAAAAGUGCGUAGACGGUUGGGUUUAUGAUAAAACUGAAGUUGUUUCAAGCAUUGUUAUAGACUUCGAUCUAGUUUGCGAUAGGGAUAUUUAUCCUACGCUGGGAUUGGUCGCUUUGAAUAUAGGAGGACCAAUCGGAGUUUACACUUUCGGAAGACUCAACGAUAUUAUUGGUAGAAAAAAAACGUUUUUCUUAUGUCUAACGACUUUAUUGUUGGGUAGCGGAUUAACUAUAACCGCACAAAAUUUUUGGUGGUGGGCCGGAAGUAGGAUAAUUGUAGGAUUAACGAUUCCCGCUAUGUAUCAAAUACCUUUCAUCAUUUCAUUGGAAUUAGUGGGGCCAAAUUAUCGUUCAUUCGUAACGGUCCUAACGUGCAUAUUUUACACAAUAGGCCUAAUGAUGUUGGCCGGUAUAACGUAUUUAAUCCGAGAUUGGGUUACCUUGUGCCAAGUCACAUCUCUACCGUUUAUAAUUUAUUAUUUUUACUGGUUUUACUUACCGGAAAGUCCUCGGUGGUUACUAUUGAGGGGCCGAUUCGAAGAAGCCUCCGAAAUAUUAGAAACUUUAGCUAGGGUAAAUAAAAAAGAGCUUCCCGAUAGUUUCAAACAAAAAUUAAAGAGAAAAAUAACGCACGUAAGAACAACUAGCGAAGAAGAGGCUCUAAAACGAAAUCCAGGUUGCUUAGAUUUAUGCGGAACGCCGAAUAUGAGAUUAAAAACAACUUUGAUCACCAUAAAUUGGUUCGCAAACGAAACCGUAUACGUCGGCUUGAGCUAUUACAGUCCAUCUUUAGGCACCGACGAAUAUUUGAGCUUUUUCUUCUCGGCUCUAGUAGAAAUACCGAGUUACUUGGGGUGUUGGUUAAUUAUGGAUAAAUGGGGAAGGCGUUGGCCAAUUUUUACCUGCAUGCUAAUUUGCGGCGUGUGUUGUUUGACUACGGUCGCCAUACCUAACGAUGACGUCAAAACCACCCUCGUCUUAUAUCUUAUUUCGAAAUCCGCAAUUUCCGCUUCGUUUUUGAUUAUCUACCCUUUCGCCGGGGAAUUGUACCCGACUCAGCUCAGGGGAUUGGGGAUCGGUACCUCGGCGUAUAUAGCCGGACUGGGACUCGUCAUCAUACCGUUCAUUACGUACCUGGGAUCCGAAUGGCUCAUUUUACCCCUUAUAAUAAUGGGGUUAAUAUCGAUAAUAGGAGGUGUAUUAGGCCUUAGAUUACCCGAAACUUUACAUCACAAACUCCCUCAAUCCAUCGAAGAAGGCGAGGAGUUUGGAAAAGAUUUCUCGCUCGAAGAUUGUCUGCGUUGUAUACCUUUAAGACCGGCAACGUCGGCGGUGACGUCGUACGAAGAUUUAGAACUGGCUGAAGCUGCUCCUUCGGAAAAAACUCCGUUGGAGAAGGAUUCGAGUUCUAGAAAAUCUAUUAGGAAGCUGGUUAGGCAGCAGAGCGUCAUGGAUACGCAGAAAUCUAGCGACGGGACGAUGCAGAUGACGUAUUGGUUUUAGAUUGCGUCAAAAUUAAAUAGUCGGUACACUAGAUUAUUCUAAACCUCUUAUUCGACAGAUUUAGCACCAAUUGAUUUAUUCACUUCGAAGAUGAAACCUUAAACGGUAGAAUUUUUCGAAAAUUUGUUCAAACAGAUGUAAAAAAUGUUUAUUUAGAUGACAAAUGUUUCAAUAAAGUGAUUUAAUUAC